AUGAGCGCAGUUUUCCAGAUUUUGUACAUAGCCUGUUUUGUAUAUAGUGAAUAUGAGUGCUAGCAGCACCUCGCGUGCUAACAGAUCUUCUAAAGAAAAGACGACAAAAACACAGCCACAACAGACACAGAUUGCCAAAGAUGGCACAGCCAAGGCCAAGGCCACAGCAGAACAGAUGCGAUAUGCACAGAUGAUGGGAGAUAAACAGUCAGUGGAAGACCCAGAACUCCAACAGAAGGUCAUGCAGCUGAUGGAUCUAACACAGAAAAGCCAUGAUGAAGUGGUCAUAGCGUUACAUGACUGUGACAAUGAUGCCAACAGAGCCAGCAUCAUGUUGCUGGAAGGAGACAAUGACCAGGGCGAAUGGCAGGAAACUGGUAAAAAAAGAAAACGAGGUGCUCCCCCAGUAAACAACCAGAUCCCAGAACAGACAAACUCGAAGCCAGAAUUUACCAACAGACAACAGCCAGACAAACGAGAGAAGAGUAACGAUCGUGAAUUCAAAGAACAAUCUCAUCGUUCAGAGAGCUCUUCUCGUGGCCGGAGGCGGGAUGAUGGACCACCAAGGUUCCAGAGGGGUGGCAAGGCCUCAUCGUGGCGUGGAAAGGAAAAUGAAGAAAAUGAAAGGAAUCGUGCUGAGAGUAAGGGCCGAGAUAACCGAGAUAACAGGGAUCGUGAUAUGCGAGAUGGCAGAGAUAAUAGAGAAAGGAGCUUUGAGCGAGGAAGGGGUCGAGGACGAGGUGGUCGUGGGCGCGGGCGUGGACGCGGAGGUGGUAUGGAUCGUGGCGGCGACCGGGGUGACCGCAUCGAUCGCAGUGGCAUGAGUGGUGCUGGCAGUACUGGUAGCUUUGACCGUGGCCUACCUAGGCAAGGAGGGGGCUUUGAUUCAGGCCCACACAUCGACACAUGGACCAACGAUCAGGCAGUCGUCGAGAGGAGCAAGUCUGGUUGGGAGAAUAUGGUGACAGAGGAUUGGAAUGAUGAUUGGACAGGAAGUAACGCUCCAGAGCAAAAUAUUCACGUGAAUUCGUUAGAUAGCCAAUUCAAUCUGAAUGAGACGACUGUGUUCACUGCGAGUAGUACUAUCGGAGCAGGAAGAAAACCAGACUCGCCACCGAGUGAGCCGUUUGGUCAGAAUGGUACGCUUGGCCAAAGCAACAGCUUAAGUCAGGGUGGCAUUAUCGGACAGAGUAAUUCCUUGGGACACGGGACUGGCGACAGGAGUCCAAUACAGACUGGAGCCAUUGGAAGUAAUUCACUGAGUCAGUCGUCUGCGAUCGGACAGCCUAUUGGGGGGACCAACUCAUUAACUGGGAGCCUUGGCCUUGGUGCCCUGUUACAACAGAAGCCAAGCUCUAAUGUAGCAGAUAUAAUGACCAGCUCCCAGGCCAAUUCAUCUCAGACAAUGACUUUGUCACAGAGUCAGUUCUCCAAGCAGGCUACAGAUGCCCUCAAGAGUAUUGUUGGGAUCGGGACGUCUCCUUCUAGUACGAGCCAGCCCGUGCAGAUGCCACCAUCAUUGUCAAGUGGUGUCACGAUGCCAGGCAGUGCCUCCACAUCUCAACACAGCCAGUCACCACCACAGGGUCAUGGCCGACCAAAGCCAGCUAGGAGCAAACUCCCUCCGCCAUCUAAGAUUCCUGCAUCUGCUGUUGAGAUGCCUGGCCAUAUGACAACAAGUUUAGAUGUUCAGUUUGGCUUUAUGACUGACUUUGGCUCCACGAAUACAUGCAGUGAAUCGACGAUGUCUAGCACGUUUACAAACAGUAAUGCUGUGAGUACCACUGGAUCUGCCAUGACUAAUCACUUGCCUCUAACAAGCCAGACCGCUGAGUCGUCUGCUACGACUGUCUCACUCAUGACAAGCAUCACUCCCCCCAAGACGUCACUGUCGACCGUAGAGCAAUCGACAACCAGGACAAGCAUGUUCUCAUCAUCUGCCAACACGACACCCACAAAAGAUUACUCACAGUCGAGUAUGACAAAGUCAUCUGGAAUCUCCGCCCCUGAGCCCAUUCCAUUCCCAUCAUCUCAAGGUGACAGGCCAAAGACAAGCCCAUUGAUGACAUCACAAAGACCAACGACAGGUUCACUCACCUCCUCUGACCCUGUAUCGACGUAUGCCCAGAGUAGCUAUUCGUCCUCGUCAUACCCUUCAAGAUACCAGCCACACAAGUCAACGCCUCUGACAUCGUCUGGUUACACCCACGGCACUAACAGUCUGACAACGCAUCCGUCAACGUUACAACAGAUCCCAUCGUCCGUAGCCUACCAGCAAAACCAGUAUCAGUCACAGUCUCAAUACGCGACCAGUUCAUUCCAAGGACAGACUGGUUUCUCUGCUGGACCUAGCCAGGGUUCUCUGUAUCAGAGCACCAAUCAGCCAAGUUACGGACCAUCAAGCUCAGCGUACCGGGACAACCAGACUGGGGCAUCCUCUUAUACGAGUGGACAGUCAGCAAGUGCUUAUCCGUCAAGUCCAAGCACAGGUUCUUCAUAUCAAAGUUCACAUUCUCAAAGUGCUGGAUACGGAGGCGGGCAGACGACCACGUACCCAACGUGCCAGAGUUCUCCUUACCCGCAGACUCAGACAGCACCUUCAUAUCAAACAAGUCAGACUGGAUCCUACCCAAGUAGUCAGUCAUAUUCCAAUGUGGGUCAGACAGGCUCAUCGGCCUAUCCUUCAAAUCAGACGAACUCUUACCAGUCUGCUUCAACUGGUGCAAGUGGACAGUCAUCAAGUGCUUAUCCAACUACCCAAGCUAGUUCUUUCCCAAGCACGCAAGCGAGUGCUUAUCCAACAACGCAAGCUAGCUCGUAUACUGGCGCUGACUCGAGUUCCUAUCCAUCAGGACAGUCUGGAAGUCGCUACCAAACGGGGCAGUCGAGUAGUCAAUCUGCCAGCAGCUACCCAGGUGGUGCCUCAUCUGGACAGUCGGCGAGUAGCUAUCCUAGUGGUCAAUCGAGUAGUGCGUUACCGCAGACUGGUUCUUCUUACCCAACUGCCCAGUCGACGAGCUCGUAUCCAACAACAGUCACAGUAACUCAGUCGAGUGCGUAUAGUUUAUCUCAUCCAGGAUCAACGAACCAAACGUACGGUUCCCAUAGUAACUAUAAUUCCUCGGGCCAUCAGACGACGUUGCAGACGUCACCAAUGAGUACGACGAAAUUGAAUGAGAGUCUAUCGAAAAUGACUGUCAAGGAUACAGGUCUGGACCAAUCACAAACAUCUUAUGAUGCAGCCGCUGUGUCGUCAACGGCGACCUUGUCAUCAACAACAAUAACAACAUCGAGUUCUCUGGCUGCGGGGAGUGUAAGUGUAUCAACGUCACUUGGAAUAACGCCGAUGACGUCUGCUGUAACAUCGAUAUCUCCCUCAACAACCAAAUCGUCAACAUUGACCAAUGCUGCAGGUACGACAGGCAAAGCGCCACCAAAUCUACCGCCAGGAGUUCCACCUGCUCUUCUAGGUCCUAACUUUAUCAUGGGCCAACAUAUGGCUCCUUACUUUGGACUUACUGCGCAGGGCUUGACUGCCCAGCAGCCGCCUGCCAUGUACGCCAUGAACAGCUAUGAAGACCUGCAGCUACUCCAGCAGCAACGACUGCCCUUGGUGAGUGGAACGAAACAAAUCCAACUGCCUGGGUAUUAUGAUGGUUCUCUUCCAUUCCAACCUCCGACAUCACUCGCUACAGGUGCGGAUCAAAGACAACUUGGUAGUGUUCCUUAUUCUGGUGCUGAUGGUAAGCUGAGCCGAGUGGAUGCGCAGUCUCCCGUCCAAGGCUCUCAGACGUCACAACAACAACCGAGCCAGUCCGCCCAUCAGCAGUAUAUCAAUCCAGCUGCUACAUUACCACCAGGUUAUGGUUAUUACAUUGCCCAGACAGGACUAAUGCCAGGCGGCUUCUCUUACACCCCUCAAAUGUUCCAACAACAAGUUCCCGUGACAAAUGCUGCUCAUGGCAACACGACCGCGACCACCCAGUUCCAGAAGCCGGCAGCCUAUGCUGCGGCCUCGCAUGGUUAUGGUACUGCCAGUGGCUAUGAAGAUCUAAUGCAGGCACAAGACUACAGCAAGACAGGUUACGGAGGUGUAUCUCAAACACAGAACAAAGUCUCUGUCACAUCGGGCAUCAAAGUGGGAGGUGUGAAUACAACAUCAACAGAUCUGGCUGCAGCAGCCUAUACAGCUAAGAGUCAUGCACAGUCGUUUGACAAGCAAGGAUUCCACGCGGGCACGCCUCCACCAUUCAACAUGCCCGUGGCAGGAGGAAGCCAGGCUGGACCAAUGGGUGCGCCCACCACACCAUAUGCUUCCUAUAUGCCGAUCCUUCAGCAUCAGCCACAGGCACAGAUGUUGCAUCAUCAGCUGCAACAGGAUUCGACCGGGUCAGCCCGAUCUCAGCCGAGUUCUAACCAGCCCAAGGCUGCUGGAAGCAGCAAGAACUACAGCACCGGCUAUUGGAACGCAUGAGGUGGUCACAGUGAGGAUAUCUAGCUGCAGUAGACGUUCACUGAUGGCAGCUGUUGGUUAGUGAGCUAUAUGAAGCAGCUAGCUUCUCCUCUCUGUCGCUGGUUGUAUAAAGUUAAACUAACAAAUGUCAAUAUCCAAGUUUCAUCUCCUUGACUUGAUCAACACAACUGUUCUGGGUAAAAACGUAAUCGCGUGGUAGUUUUAGUUUCUGAUGCUAGCUAGUUUAUGUACAGCUGUUUGGAGUGAUCUUUGGCCAUACUUUGCUGUGUAUGUUCUCAUCAGUCUAGCUUCUUAUUUCAUAUUGUAUUUUUGUGCCUUAACAUUGUGUUCACGUAUCUGCGUAACUAUGGAUGUUGAGUUGGGUUUCAUUGCGUAUAGUCCCUCAUUAACCCUCGAGGGCUCAUGGACAAGCUGAUUUAGUCUUUAUUAUAUAUAUGUAUAUGGAACUACUUCGCAUCUCCAUGUUAUUUGUGAAGUCUAGUUUUUGAAUGAUAAUUAUUAUUUGUAAACUGUUGUAUAGUGUAAUAUUGCGAAGUUGGAAAAUUAUAUUAAAAGGUUAUGGAACGAAGUCAACAAAACAACAUAAGGUCACGUCAUUUUACAUCAGCUCCAUUUGGGUAAUCUCUCUUUUAAUUGGGAUUAUCGAGGGUCAAGAUUUGUUUAAAACGUAAUACUUGAGACUUACCAAAUGUAAUUAGAAGUCAUUCUGCCUCUAAACUAGCACUAUGUGUUAAUACACAUGUCAUCAGUUGUUGGCUUGUUCACAUAUUUUUACCCCAUUGCUAUUGUAUAUGAAAGCCAGUUUUGUCUGUAACUGUAAGAAAUAUUAAAGUACAAUUCCUUAUCAUGGCAAUUCCAA